AUGAUGCACUCCUUGGAAGAGAUGUACCGCGGGCGAGAGCGUGAUGACCCAGAGAGGAUAGUUUGGAGUCAGUCAAGAUUGAAAUAUACAAAGAAUCUUAUAAUGAAAUGCUCAUAUUAUGAAGCUGCUCAAAAUACCCGACAAACUACAAUUAGAUGCUCAAACAUGUUUG